AUGUGCGGAUUAACGGCCUUCGUGACUGUCGGGGGAACACCUGAUUGUGUUCAGUGUGCCAAUGAUUCCCUCGGCCUAGAGGAACAGUUAGAGGAAAGCUUAGACUUAGUUAAUCAUCGAGGUCCAGAUGCGCGUGGUCGUUGGUUCAGCCCGGACCACAGGGUUGGUCUGGGACAUGUCCGACUCUCCAUCAUCGACUUGAGUCCUGCAGGAAACCAGCCAUUCCACGACAGCGAGGACGCGGUUCAUGCUGUCGUCAAUGGCGAGCUCUAUGACCACGAGCAGUAUCGAACGGAGCUGGCUCAUGAAUACAGCUUCAAAAGCAACAGUGAUUGUGAAAUCGUCAUUGCGCUCUACCGACACUAUGGAAUAUCCUUUCUCAAUAAAUUAAGAGGCGAGUUUGCUCUUGUCCUCUAUGACGCGAAUCGCAAGCUGUUCUUGGCAGCCCGUGAUCGAUAUGGUGUCAAGUCACUUUACUAUACCAUGGUUGGCAAUCGGCUUUUAGUCGCUACGGAAAUGAAGUCUUUCCUGCCUUUUGGCUGGAAGCCAGAGUGGGAUGUCACAUGUAUCAGGGAAGGAGCCUGGCUAAACGGCUCGCGGAUGUUCUUCAAAGGGGUGCAAAGACUUGCCCCUGGUCAGUAUAUGGUCAGUCAGAACUUCAUGACACCCGAGGUAGUAAUGUACUGGGAUACCGAUUAUCCAGAUAAAAAAACAGUCUGCCCGCAUUCUGAAGACGAAAUAGUAGACAGAGUAAGGGAGCUAAUGCUUGACGCUGUCCGAGUCCGACUGCGCGCUGAUGUGGGCCUGGGGAUCUAUCUGAGUGGAGGGCUAGACUCGUCCGCCAUAGCAGGUAUGGCCGUGAAGCUUGUCCAGGAAGGAACCAAGCUCGGAAGCGACACAAGCGGUGAGCGUUCAAAAAUAGACUGUUUCACGGUCCAAUUUGAAAAGGAUAGUGGGUUUGACGAGUCAGAUAUCGCGCGACGAACAGCCGAGUGGUUAGGUGUGGGAUAUCACCCUGUAUACUUGGAUGAGGAGGCCAUUGCCGCUAGGCUCGAGGAUACAGUCUGGUAUAGUGAAACGCCAGCCGCCAACGUCAAUGGAAUGGGGCGGCUGGCAGUAGCUGAGGCCGCCCAGGCUAUGGGGAAAAAGGUCAUCCUCACAGGCGAGGGCUCCGAUGAGCACUUCUCGGGCUAUGCUGACUUGCUACCGAAUUUCCUUCUAGAGCCUGAUCCUUCAUGGCAACAGUCUCUCGCUCAGCAGACUGACUUCGCAGAAGCUUGGAAAGUCAUGGAGGAAAGAAAUCGAGUACUCGCGAUGGGCAUGGACGAAGUGGCCGCUCCAACAAAACGUAUGCUUAACAAUACCACGUUAAGCGCCCGAUUAAGCACGAUCACCACUUUGCCAUACUCAUCCUGGACAGAUCAGUUUGUGCUGAGGAGCCCAUCCACAGCAUUUGCAGAGAACUUCGGUGUCCAGGUCCUCCACAAGAUGAUGGAGAAGUGGCACCCUCUUCAUUCAGCGCAGUAUCAAUGGAUGAAAUCUGUGCUCGCCAAUUAUAUCCUCCGCUAUAUCGGUGAUAAUAUUGACAUGGUCCACCAGAUUGAGACGCGACCACCAUUCCUUGACCAUUACGUUACGGAGUAUGCAAAUCACAUCCCGCCAAGCCUCAAAAUCAGAUAUGAUCCCGAGAGUAAAACUUUUCGUGAAAAGCAUAUCCUGCGUGAAGCUCUGAAGCCAUUUGUUACAGAGGAAAUCUAUAAACGUACAAAGCACCCGUUUCUCGGACCAUUUACAUACCAAGAAGAUGGCCCCGUACACAAGAGCUUAAAACGACUGUUGACAGAAGAAAAUGUCAACCAGCUGGGGUUUUUCGACAACGAUGGGGUGCAGAGCGAUUUCGUAAAGGCAUUUCGCGAUAAGGAUGGCAUGUGCUUCAAGAGAGCAUUCACUGUGGCCCAAUACGUUGUCCUGGGACAACGAUUUGGGGUCAAGAGGGCCCAGGAUCCUGGAUGCAGCGAGACAUCGCCUGGGCUGCAUGUAUGA